AUGAUUCACGAAGCUGUGGUCACUUUUGAGCUGCAGACCCUGCGGGCAGAGCUCUAUUUGAACGCGUGUGACGACCCGCACAGCUACGACAACUCGCUCUCAUCGGGCCGAUCGGGCUUUGCAGUGCUGAGCUCCCAGUGGACCCCCGGCGUGACGGACAUCCUCUUCCCCGACCCCCUCGACCUUGCCUACCAGCCCUCCUACUCGCCCCACGUGGGGCAAGUAGGAGAGGCACGGCAGGAGAGGCAGGGGCUGGAGGCACUGCCGAUAUGGCAGCGGCGCCAGAGCAGAGCGGUUUGGCGUGGCAGAGCCUUGGAGCUGGUUUUAAAAGAGGCCAACUGGGCGAGCAGCCUGCGAGUGCGCCUGCACCGCAUGUCUGAUGCCCGCCCUGACCUGCUGGACGCACGGCUCACCAUGUGGGGCGAGAAGGAUGGCGUUGACGCCAAGAAGCUGCUGCUCAGGCACGGUGUGGUGCUGGCAGAGGAGCUUGAUGACGUGGCAGAGAGGAGGAGGUACAAGUACGUGCUGGUGGUGGACGAGCAGAUCGGCACGCGUGACAUGUGUCGCGCUCUCAGUGGCCCACAAGCCGUCAUCCGCCACGCGUCAGGCUACACGGAGUUCUUCGACCCGCUGCUGCUGCCGGGUGUGCACUAUGCGCCCGUGGGGCACAGUUUCCGGGACCUGUUCAGUGUGAUAGAGUGGAUGCAGCGCAACGACGCUGCCGUCCGCACCAUGGUGCGCAACGCCAACGAGCUCGCAGCGCUCGUCUGCACAUGGCACUCGCGCGUGCACUUCUGGGCGGUACUCCUCGCCAAGUACUCCUCCCGCGCCCUCGAGAGCCCCGCGGCUGUGGUCGCCCCCACGCCGUGCCGCGGCGGCCACGCCAGGCCUCGUGCCAAGCCUUCCCUUCAGCUUCGGGAUUUCUUGCAAGAGCUCGCCGAGGCCUCGCCGCUGUCGAUUCGGCAAGGAUCCUGCGAUGCGGAGGAGGGCGAAUGUGAAGCUCUGGUACCGCCUGAGACGCAGCUAUUCGAUGAGUCUCGCCGAGGAAAUGACAUUCCUGCCGUCAGUGAGUCAUGUCAAGAGAAGAGUACCAAAAAACUUGCAGCCGGUGAUGAGAUGGUCACGUGUUUACAGACGACAUGCGAUUCUAUUGAGUCAACGGCCAACGGGGAUGUACGGGAGUGUGACAGCAAAAGCUCGUGCGACAGCGAAGACUUGUCAAGCGACGACGAAUCGUCAAGCAGUGACGACUCGUGCAGUGGAUUUUCGUCGUUCGGGAGCGAAGAUUCGUUCGAAACUUCCACUUCUUCCAUCGAAGACAGCCCAAGAGCCGCUGGCCAAUCAUCGCCGAGCGGCGCGCUGGCUCAACCAGACAAAGUUGACUCAUUCAAAUCCGCGUUGACUCUAGAUGACGACGUUCCCUUCAACGCCACGUGGCCUUUCGGUCCGCAUAGGUUCCCGCCAGUGUCGCCGGCACGUGCGAGAGAGUCGCCCGGCAAGUCGCCCAACAGCAAGGGGCAGCGGGUUCGGUGGUGCGACGAGGAGGACGGCGGGUCGCUCGUCGAUGUUCGCGAAUUUGAGCGAAGCGACGUGGAGUGGGAGGAUAUUCGCCUGCCGCCCAGGCGACGCAGAUACGACGCGUCCGACGAGGAUGACGUGUGCGGGUGCGCGGUGCAGUGA